GAUGUGUUGGGCAGACUGCACGGUGUGGUCGUACGUCAGGCACUCCUCCUCCAGCUCCUCCCCCUUCUCUUCUGCUCCAUCCCUCCAAUCUCCCACGGGGAUCUGGCGUCCAAAUCCGGCUUGA